UAUUUGUUCUCAGCAAACUUCUAAUAUUCCAAUAUUUAUGAAACAAUUGCGAAUGCAAAGCAAAUAGCUAUCAAUAGCGAAUAAGUUCCCUAUGUUCGAACUGACACGAGUUUCUUGUGAAAAUUUCAGUCUGCUGUAAGAAUCUGUACGUGCAUAUAUAGAUGUGCCAUAGUAAAUUUAUUCACAGUGACAGUGGUAUUAUUUUCAAAACUUGUAUAUGACAGAUUUAUGGAAAUCUUUUAAAGAAAAUUUAAGUUUUGAUGUAAAUAAAUUUAUACAAAAUGGCAUCAAUUAAUACAAUUAGUCGGUCUGUAAAAUAUGGUCUUUAUUUUGCUGCAUCAUGGCCGGGAGCACCAUUUUCGAUUUUACAUAAAUUUUUUUGGACAAUUUUUUUUUGUAUACUUCAUAUUUUUCAAUACAGUUAUUUAAUCAUGAAUUAUAAAUAUGAUGCUCUUACAGAAAUAAUAGAUAAUAUAAGUAUUUGCCUGCCACACAGUUUAGUGUGCAUCAAAUUAUUUACUGCUUGGACGCAAAACACUUUGAUUCGUAAUAUUCUAUUAUCUAUGGAAGAAGAAUGUCAAAAAUAUGCAAUAAUGGAUACAGAUAAUUUAAUAUCGAAGACGGCCUAUUUAUCUUAUCGUUUAACCAGUACUAUAAUAUGUACUUGUGUAGCAUCUACCGUUUUUUAUGCAAUUGGUAUUUUUUCGCAUCAAGAAGUUAAUGUAACUAAAUCUCGAGAAUUAUUAUUAAAAAUGAAUUUACCUUUUGAUACUAACAAAUCGCCCAUUUACGAGUUUGUAAUAAUUAUACAAUAUUUUUAUCAAGUAUCGGCAGCUUUUGUGUUUGGUGUAUUUGCCGCGUUUCUUUUGAUGAUUGUACUUCAUGUAGGUUGUCAAAUCGAUAUUAUGUGUCAAACGUUAAUGAAAACUACGCAUAGAGAUCAAAAAAAAUUAAAAUUCUUUAUUAAAAGGCAUCAAGAAAUUAUCUUAUUGGCAGAUAAAAUUGAAAAGUUUUUUACUUAUAUAGCACUUAGUCAACUUGUAUCAAAUACUCUAAUUACUUGUUGUUUGGGUUAUCUUAUAGUAAUUACAUUACAUCUUGGUAAUAAUAUAAUAUUAAUAAAAUAUAUAAUGUUUUAUGUUGCUGUUUGUUCAGAAGCAUUUAUAUAUUGCUUCGCUGGAGAAUAUCUGAGUAUCAAGAGUAAAUUGAUUGCCGAUACAGCAUAUGAAUUUCUUUGGUACAACAUGAAUCCAAAUGAAAGCCGACUUUUAAUACCCAUAAUAUUGAGAGCCCAAAGAGGAUUCACUUUUACUUUUGGAAAAUUUGCAACUCUCUCCAUGGAAAGUUUUACAGCUAUCAUGAAAGCAUCAGGAUCGUAUAUGUCUGUAUUACUUGCAAUGACUUAAAAAAUAUAUUUGCGAAUAUUGUAAUGUAGUUUUUCUUAAUUUAAAUGUAUUUAUAUUUAAUUUGAAUUAAAUAAAUUAAUAA